AGGAAGUUACAAUGGGUUGUUCCACAGUUUGUCUCUCCUCGAUCGUGGUGCUGCUGGUCGUCGUGUUGUGCAGUACGAUUCCGGCAGAUGCAGCUAGACAGCGAUCAAAGGUCAUACCGGACAUCGCAUCGACCGUCUACUCCGAGAAUCUGCACGGUGAUCGAAAGUGCUACGAGCGACGUGUGCGUGAUCCGAACGUUCACAUUUCGGCCCGUCUGCUGCGGUACUUCACCUUCGGCGGGAUCCUACAGGGCAUUGCGGAAAAGACGGCACUACCGCGUGUUGGGCUUGUGCAGGGCGGUGCCAGCCAGUACCAGGACCGCUCGAGUGGACUCCAGCGUGAGUAUCAUGCGGCGCACAUCGUCCGUGUGGGCACGAUCGAGCCACGGCUGCAGAAGGAAAGUGCCACGCUCUACAACGCGCUGAAGAACUACAUUGGCCACACGCAGAACGUGGUCCGGCAUGCAAACGUUUGGCACGGUGUCGGUGGUCAGAUUGAUCGCUUUCAGUCGGACAAUUUGGCGGAGCUGGCCAAGAUUGAUUUCAACGGGGCGCUCGAUGGUCAAAUCCAAACGGUGGAGGGACUGGUGCUGAAAUUCCGGGAACUCAUUCAAAAGUACGUCCAAGCGCCCGAUGGAACGCGCACUGAGUCGGACCAGAGCGUGCUGAAUGAGGACUGGGUUGCGGUGUGGUGCGCCGGAACCGAGGUGCUGUUCGAAGCGGGCAAGGAAGGUUAUCAGCUGGUGAUGAGCGGGAAUUUUGUCGAUCAUUACACGACGUCAUGAGUUUGAUCAUCGCGUUGCAACGUUGUAAGUAUAGGCAGCGAUACGAAUGCUACACACGAUCGGGAUCGAAUGACUCAUAAGCCACCUACAUGCUAAAGCGAAUCAUCUGAUAAGAGAACAUAGCGUGUGCCACUAUCGAAUGUUAUCUAAUAAAAGAAAUGAAGUUGCAACAUUCUCA